GCGGUGAUGGUGGUUAAUGAAGAAAAGAAAAAAUAAAACAACGACGACAAAUAAGCAAAUACCAUAUAACCGAAUCGUUUUCGAUUCUCCGUUGUUGUGUGUUUAUCAUUUCUGAUGCUUUAUUUUUAUUGAUUUUUUUUGUGUCUGUGUGUUAUAACGACAAAUUCUUAUUCUUAUUUUAAAUUUUUUUUUUCAUUUGUUGCUUCUCUUAAAGAAUACAACGAUUCUUUGUUGUCUUUUUUUUCCUGUUUGUUUGUUUGUUUGUGUUAAUUGAAAAAAAAAUCUUUACCGAAUGAUCCAUAAGAUCAUGAAGAAAGCAAUGUCAUCAAAAUCAUCAUCAAAAUCAUCGACCACUGGAUCUAUGCAUAAAUCUAAAUAUAAAAAAAUUGAUGAUGGCCAAUUAAAAUGUGCAUUUGCAAUGUUUGACACUAAUCAUGAUGGUAAAUUAAAUUCCGAUGAAAUGAAACAUAUGAUGACCAGUAUAGGUGUCGCUGUAUCUGAUCGAAUGUUGCAAAAAAUAUUUAAAGAAGCAUCAAAAAGUGGUGAUCAAUUAAUUAAUGAACAAGAUUUUUUACAUUGGUUUUCACGUUUCAAAACACCAAAAGAUGAUGAUGCUGAAGCCGAUUUGAAGGCAGCAUUUUUAGUAUUUGAUAAAGAUAAAAAUGGUUAUAUAACACGUGAUGAACUUAAAUCGGCAAUGUUAAUGAUGGAUGAAUCAAUAACCGAAAGAGAUUUAGAUGAAUUAUUGAAAACAACUGACCAUGAUCGUGAUGGUAAAAUUAAUUAUGAAGAAUUUAUUAAAACAUUAUUAUAGCACAGCUAAAUCAUCAUCAUCAUCAUGCAACAAUUUUUA